CAGACUCUGUACUCCGUCGAGAGUAGUGACCCGAGUGGAAGUAAAAGGAAGAGAGGAGACUCGGUAACUGGAAGUUGGGGAAAAGGAGAAAAGGGGCCGAGAGAGAAUGGAGGACGGGCGGAUCGUGCUAGAGACGGGCCGGGCGGAGAGGUCGGUGUGGUUGAUGAAGUGCCCACCGGUGGUUUCGCGGUCGUGGCAGUCAUCCUCCGCCUCUGCCGACUCCUCCAACCCUAAUCCCGUCGUCGCCAAGGUUGUCCUCUCCCUCGAUCCCCUCCGCCCCGAUGGCCCCUCCUCCCUCCAGUUUAAGAUGGAAAUGGCUCAAACUGAUUCUGGCAAUACACCAAAGAGUUACACUCUGAAUAUGUUUAAAGACUUUGUUCCAAUGUGUGUCUUGUCUGAAUCUAAUCAAGGAAAAUUUUCAUUGGAGGGGAAGGUAGAACAUAAAUUUGACAUGGAGCCUCAUAGUGAGAAUUUUGGGGAUUAUGGAAAAUUAUGUCGUGAAAGGACUAACAGAGCUAUGAUCAAAACUAGACAAGUGCAGGUAAUUGACAACGAUCACGGAGUGCUCAUGAGGCCCAUGCCUGGUAUGGUUGGUCUGGUUCCAUCUGGUUCGAAGGACAAGAAGAAACUAACGCCAACAAAAGGAUCUGAUGCAAAACGAACACGUAGGGAUCGUCGUGAAUUGGAGAAUAUUAUCUUUAAACUCUUUGAAAGGCAACCAAAUUGGGCACUGAAGCAACUAGUCCAAGAGACUGAUCAACCUGAGCAAUUCCUGAAAGAAAUACUAAAUGAUCUUUGCGUCUAUAAUAAGAGAGGACCUAAUCAAGGAACUCACGAGUUGAAGCCAGAAUACAAGAAAUCCACGGAGGAGAUGGACAAUGUGUGAAGCCCAUUAGCUGCUGCCUGGAAAUACUGUUGCACGUUGAUUCAGAACUCCUAAAGAACCAGUGUAGCAGGACAUGGGUCGAAUGUUUGAACUAUUUUCAGCUUAGGGGAGCUCGUAACCGUUAGAAAAUGAUGAUCCACUGGUGCAGUCUGUUUCCCUAAGUUUCUUAGAGUGAACAAACGAUAUGUAGAUUGCACCAGAUCCCCAAGAUACUGUUGUAUAACGUUACUGUAGUCAACUCUUGAUGAUUAUUUAUCACAUGGUUUGCCUUA